UUAGUCCCUCAACUCCUGCCGAUUUUGGAGGCUCGAAUGUUCCAAGCUCCGAAGAUUACCAUAAUGAGAUAAGGUAUCGGUAUGUGUUCGGGUUACAGAUUAUGGUUGAGCUUCAAUGUGAAGCUCUGGUGAAGGAGUUUAAGGUUACACCUUUGAUAUGUGGCUUGGUUGGACCUAUUUGGUUGAGAUUUAUCGCCAAGACUGGUGUUUUCGAUGAAGACUGGGCUAAUAAAGUACUUGAUGACUCUGAGACGCAGAAAGAAGGAGAACCAGAAGAUUAUAACACAUGUGGUAAAUACAGAUCAGAACCUCACAAUAUGUAUGGUCAGCGAGCUGUGUUUAUAUGGUUUAGGUCUUUAAAGAAUAGGAUUCCACUAGUUAGCACCAUUGUUGUUUCAUAUUUGGCAUGUCAUAUUGCCAGGGAAGCCAUCAUGCCAUCAGACAUAAUUAAGUGAGCACGUGAAGGGAGGCUUCCAUAUUUAUCUGCUUUUGUUGAAAUUGAAAAGCGUAUGAAACAUCCAUCAAUUGCAUGUCCUAUCAGUUCAAGUUAUAUGUUCAGGCCAAAGCGAGCUCUUUCUGUUUAUAAACUAGAGUCACAUGCCUCGUCAAUUGCCCAGUUUAUAGGCUUGGAGUUACCUCAUGUUAACUUUUAUGCAUUAGCUUAUCGUUAUCUUGAAAAGUUAUCUCUUCCUGUUGAAAAGAUUCUUCCAUAUGCAUGUCGCAUUUAUGAAUGGUCGAUGCCUCCAGAUUUGUGGCUAUCGUUAUCCAAGGAUUAUUUUAGACUACCUACUCAUGUUUGUGUUGUCUCGGUUCUGGUAGUAGC